CUAGUUCGCCGCCGUCUGCGCGCAGAGCUGCAGGCCACUCCUCGACGCCCGUUCGCGAAGACCAGUCGCCGCCCACCGGAGCGCCCUGCAAGGUGCAUACCGCUGUUCGCAUUCGCGUCCUCUCCGAAAGACGGCAAAGGAGCCGUCGCAAAGAAGGGACAGAUUUGUUUUUUUAUAUUCUUCCGCGUGCUGGAAAGCUUGCAUAUUCUUCGCAUCGGAGAGAACAUCUAGACUUUUAAGAUGGGGGAUGUAAGCAGCCGACUUCAAGGCAACGAGGACGAUGAGCAACCCGGAAGCCCAAACGAGGUCGUCAAGGUGCGCAACGUAGACAUGUACGUGACGUACAACGCGGAGAACCACUUCACGAGAGGAUUCUCCCGGACUAAAUCACAAAAACCGGCCCCCGUGAUUCGACGGGGGCAGUCCUUCACAAUGGUGAUCAACUUGAACAGACCCUUCAACCCGGAGACCGACUCGCUGUCCCUCUUUUUUGGUAUUGAAGGUGAGAAUCGUACAACCUACACGAAGGGUACGGUCGCCAUGGUUCCAGUGGAUUUCAGGAGUGCUGAGGCUUUAUCGUCUGGCAACUGGAGUGCCGUUGUGAGGAAAUCAGAGGAAAAGGCCCUGCUUAUCGAGGUUAUGACGCCGGCAACUUGCAUCGUUGGAUCGUGGAUCAUGGAUGUCGACACCAAGAUGCGGAACGUCGUGGAAUCCGUGGGCGCCCGUUACACCUACCCGGACCCUAUCUACAUUCUCUUCAACCCGUGGUGCAAAGAUGACCUCGUAUACAUGGAGAGCCCCGAAGGGAGAUUUGAGUACGUGCUUGCUCACAGCGGCAUCAUCUGGCGUGGAACAAGCAAACAGAUGAAGCCAAGCCCCUGGAAGUACGGACAUUUCGAAGAGAAUGUCUUGGACUGCUGCCUCUAUCUGCUGAGAAACGUCGGCAACCUUCCAUUGCAAGCCUGUGCAGAUCCUGUGCUCGUCGCUCGCCACAUCUCCGCCGCCGUGAACUCAUCAGACGACCAGGGUGUGCUCACAGGAAAUUGGACCUCAAACUACUCUGGCGGCGUCCCACCGGUCUCCUGGACUGGCAGCCACCCGAUCCUCCAGCAGUACUAUAAGACUAAAAGGCCUGUCAAAUUCGGACAGUGCUGGGUCUUUGCCGGUGUCACUACCGCUGUUUGCCGGGCGCUGGGCAUACCGGCGAGGACAGUGACCACCUACCACUCAGCUCACGACACUCAGGGUAGCGCGACAGUGGACCAGUUCUACGACGAAAAUGGCAAACCCGUGGACAAACUCAAUACUGACUCUGUCUGGAACUUUCACGUAUGGAACGAGGCCUGGAUGAGGCGACUAGAUCUUGGAAAAGGUGAAUACGACGGAUGGCAGGUCAUCGAUGCCACACCGCAGGAAAUGUCCGGAGGCAUUUUCACCUGUGGACCUGCAAGUGUGAAGGCCAUAAAGGCUGGGGAGCUUAAUAAGCCAUACGACGGCACUUUCGUGUUUUCCGAAGUGAACGCCGAUCAGAUUUACUGGCGCUACGACAGCCCCAGGAAACCGCUCAAGAUGCUCAGGAAGAACACCGAUCUGGUCGGUUUGUUAGUAAGCACCAAAGCUGUGGGCCGCUGGGAGAGGGAAGACAUUACCCUGGACUACAAGUUCGCGGAAGGUUCCCAAGACGAAAGGGACAUCGUUCUGAAGGCUCUGAGAGAAAACAACCAUGCGUACGCUCGGUUCUACCUGAACGACUCUAUGGACGACGUGCAAUUUCUUAUCGAUCCUAUCAAGGAAGUGCUCGUCGGAUCCUCCAUAGUGAUCCGGGCUAAAGCUAUCAACAAAAGUCCGUCUAGGGCCUACCAAUGCAAGAUCGCUGUCCGAAUUGAGACGGUUACCUACACUGGAACGACCAAGAGGGCGCUCAAGCACCAGAAUUUUCCUAUCAACCUAAGGCCAAACGGCGAGGAGAUGCUUUCCCUGACGGUGCACUAUAAAGACUACGAAAGAGAUGUCAGCGACCAGGCCACCUUUAAGGUUACCAUGAUGGCGAGUAUUCCGGAAGUCAAGUACGACUACAUUGCUCAAGAGGACUUCAUGCUCACCAUGCCCGAAAUCGAUAUCAAGGCGUACGGUGCGUGUUUCGUGGGACAGCGUCAGAAGUUUACGGCAAGCUUCCAGAACCCUCUGCCGGGCAGGCUUACCAGGUGCUUCUUCGCCAUCGAGGGACCGGGCCUGAGCCGACCGUACUACCUUGCACUGCGAGAACCAGUGCAGGCGAGGAGCGAAGCCUGGGUGGAGUUCGCACUUACUCCCGCCACGACGGGACCAAGGUCCAUCGCGGCCAAGUUCAUAUCGCAGCAGCUGAACGACGUCGAGGGCUUCCUGGAGGUCAACGUCCAGGGCGAAGAAGCCGCCAGUCCGACAAUAACGAACGCCGUCGAAUAGAUGAUCGCUGUUCGGUCACGCUGCGUGCCGAGUGGCUUUCAAACCUGGCAGAUUCUGAUGUUCGGCUUCCCGACUCUAACUGGCGACAGCGGAAUAUGGUGCGUGUCCGCCUGUGCCCCGUUCACGCAGGAGGCACACUCAGUGGCCGAGUUAUGGAAGUGAGAGGGGGGAAAAAGAAAAAAAAGCACAUUCCUCCAUUUCUAUCCUUCCUAUUCCCACAAAUAUCGGCAUAGUUUUGCAACUGGUCUGCUUGAUUAUCUUCGUUCCGGUCAUAGAUAUAUAUAUAUUUUUUCGCACCUCUGUAUUUUGGCCGUAUGGGGUAGAUGUCGCCUGAUGUGUAAGCGCUAUUUCUAUUUCUUUCGCACAACCGCGUGCAGUGUUGCGCGGUACAUUUGCAUGAACGCACUAAAAAAUUUACUGCCGGCACGAGUCUGUAAAGUUUUCACGAGGGUUGCAUUGGCGGGGAUAGAAAGAAAGGGAUUACAUCAAGGUAAUAAAAUGUGAAACUGCUUCGCGACUUGGUCCCACUGUAGUGAUGUGAUGGUUGUCUGAGUUUUGAGAGAGGCCAAUAAAGCAAUGUGUGAAUCUGCA